CAGGACCCGCCGGGCUCCCUCCCUCUUCCUGGGCCUCAUCCUGUUCUUCCCGAUGGAUCCUGCUCCUGCCUCAGCUGUGGGUGGAGAAAGGUGGCCCUGCAGAAAACAGAAUUGCAAAUGUGGGCAAAUGUGGGAGGUUCCUGCCAGUCACCUGUGAGCUGCUUCCUCCCAUUCCCGGGCUGCCUGGCAAGAACUUUAAAUUGCCACCCGGCUCAGCCCUGGCCACUGUCCCCAGCAGCAUGAGAGCGAGAGGCAUCGUCCUGCUGGGGCUGCUGGCCCUGUGGGCAGAGCUGCAGGCAGCACCCACCUCAGGGCUCCCCAGAGCAGCUCCUGCCAGGCAGCCGGGAUGUGCUCCCACAGAAAACAGCCCCUUGCCCGGCCAGGAGCCCAGCACGGUGCCCGCAGCCCAGCCCAGCACGGUGCCCGCAGCCCAGCCCAGCACCGUCACUGCGGGUGGGGAGCAGCAGCUGGGGGUGGGCCAGGCGGGUAAGGACCGGUGCCAGCCCGGGGCCACAACGGUGACUGCCACAACACCCACCGCGGGGAAGGAGCCGGUGAGCUUGGCUGAGCCCUCAGCAGAGGACGAGCCCCUGCAGGAUGGGAAGCCAACCAAUGAGGAGAAACCCAGCUGGGCGGGAGAACCAGCAUGUGGGGGUAAGGCUGAGGGAAAACCAGAGGUUGUGGUGAAACCAGAGACCGGGGGCAAACCAGAGACUGUGGAGAAACCUGUGCUGGGGGAGAAGCCAGAGACUGGGGGGAAGAAACCCGAGGGUGAAGGGAAACCUGAGGGAGGAGAGAAGCCUGAGUCUGAGAAGGGUGACAGUGGGGAGGAUGAUGACAAGGAGGAUGAUGACAAGGAGGAUGAUGAUGACGGUGACGAUGAUGAAGAGAAAAAUGAGGAUGGCGAUGGUGACAACAAUGAUGAUGACAAUGGUGAUGGUGAUGAUGGUGGUGAUGAUGAUGGCAAUGACAAUGGUGAAGACAAUGGUGAAGAUGAUGGUGACGAUGAUGGUGACAAUGAUGGUGAUGACAACGAUGGUGAUGACGAUGGUGGUGAUGAAGAUGAUGGUGAUGUCAAUGACAAUGACAACUAUGACUACGGGGAUGAUGAUGGCAGUGAUGAUGAUGAUGGUGGUGGUAACAGUUAUGACACUUGGUGA